AUGACAGAAAUGGAUGAUCUGGUUGUCAUUGGUGCCGGUCUAUAUGGCCUCAUGGCCGCGAAGACCUAUCUAGCCGUCCAUCCCAACGCUGCCGUGGAGAUUCUCGAAGCGAAUCAUUCCGUGGGAGGGGUGUGGGGUCGCGAUAGACUGUGCCGUGGAGUCAAGACGAAUAGUAUAGCGGGCAGUUAUGCAUACAGCGACUUUCCCAUGUCUGAAUCUCGCUUCGGGGUCAAAUGGCACCAGCAUGUACCUGGCGAAGUGGUGUACAAAUACUUCGAUGCCUUUGCGACUGAGUUUGAUCUCCACCGACGCAUCCGCCUUUCUUGCCGUGUCCAGAGCGUGGAGAAAUGUCCAGACGGGUCCUGGUCUAUCGCGGCCGUUGAAGACAGCCGCUCCAUUCGAAUAGGCACACGUCGUCUGAUUGUCGCAACAGGGCUGGCCUCAGAGCCUGUCAUGCCUGAGUACACCGGCUCUUCCUCUUUUGAACGUCCGCUGCUACACUGCAAGGACCUUGCCGGCCAGCAUGAACUCUAUCACACCGCUAAAGCGGUUGCUGUCGUCGGAGGGUCCAAAUCAGCCUGGGAUGCGGCUUAUCAAUUCGCUUCCCUCGGCACGCGGGUGCACUGGAUUCUACGAAAGUCCGGACACGGGCCUGCGCGACUUCUGCCGGCUCAAGCCACACCUUUCCGACUCUGGAUGGAGAAAAUCGUAACCACCCGAUUCAUGACGUGGCUAAGCCCCUGCCCCUGGGGAGACUCGGACGGGUACGGCUGGAUACCCCGGUUCUUCCAAAGCACGACCACGGGACAAUGGAUCUCGCGGCAUCUCUGGGCUUGGUUCACCUCCACGUGCCUCCAAGACCCAGCCCUCGUUCGCAGCGCAGAGACUCGCAAGCUUCAACCCCAAGCCACUAAACCCUUCUCCCCGGCCGGCGGCUUCAGCGCCCGCAACUACCCGCCGGAUUUCUUUCAGUACAUCGAUAGCGGGAUGAUCCAGAUCCACACAGCCGAUAUAGAUCAUCUCUCCGCGGGCACCGUCCACCUCCGAGACGAACCGUCUCUAGACGUUGACGCCCUGGUUGUCUCAGGCGGAUGGCAGCACUGGCCCACGUUCAAAUUCCUCCCCGCUGAGGUCCACGAGCAGAUGGGCUUCCCACGCACCCAGGGCGCCCGCGACGCGCAGGCCGAGCGCAUCGACCGCGAAAUUCUGCAAAGUUAUCAUCUUUUGAACAAUAGCAUCAUCAACAAGAAUGCGGCGACGGCGGCGGAAGACAGCAAUCCCCUCCCGCACCGCGACGACGCCCCCUGGCGCCUGUACCGCUUCAUGGUACCGCCCGCGUUCAUCCACGACCGCAGCAUCGGCUUCGCGGGCUUCGUAGCCACAACCCUCAAUACCGUAUGCGCGCAGACCCAGGCCCUGUGGCUUACGGCCUAUUUUAGUAGUACUGGUGGUAGUGGUGGUGGUGGCGGUAGCUGUAUCCAUGGCUGUUCGGACGCGCAGCCUCUGCCGGUCGGUCGGGGUCGCGCCGAUCAGAUCUGGCGGGAUACCCUGGUGCAUUCGCAGUUCCCGCAGUGGCGGUACCCCGGUAGCUUUGGGCAUCGGUUCCCGAUUGCGUUCUACGAGGGGCUUCCGUAUGUGGAUUUGUUGUUGAAGGACUUGGGACUGCGGGUUAGGAGGAAAGGCGGCGUGUUGAGGGAGUGGUUUGAGGGUUACGGACCGGAGGACUAUUGUGGGAUUGUGGAGGAGUGGUUGCAAUUAUCCAAGAGGGAGUAA